AUGUGGGCAUUGACGAACACCCGUAUGGACACUCUGAUCAAGUUGGCCAAGGCGACUGCUAGCAUUGUCUCGUGGGCUCGGGUCUUGAUCCCUCACUAUGGGGAGACCAUUCUGGAGCAGAAGGCUUCGCUGUACGAUGGACGCACCGAUGACCCUGACACUGUACCACUCAUGGACUGGCUGAAGGCUCGAUAUGAGGACGAAUGGGGGAACUUCGAUGCUCGCAUGCAGGUCAGGCAUACUGUGCAACUGCCACACGGAGCCAAUUGGGAUGAAUAUGAUGAUCUGCAAUGGGAGAAGAUCGGUGGAUGGUCGUCCAUGCGCUUGCAGACCUUAUGGCGCACAGUGGCAGGCAUGAUGUUGUAUCAUCCUGCCCUUUGGUGCCACUACGAGAUCCAGCGUCUGGGCAACUUCCCAGGCGAAGAGAAGCCUCUGCUGGCUGACAGGUGGAGACCCAACGACUGCUUCUCAUGUAUUGUUUCGAUGCAGCAGUAUGCCGUCUUCGAGCCAGUCAGAUAUCAGCAGACCGACCAGAUGUUUAAGAAAUUCCCAAGCAGCUUGAAAGUUGCCUUCAUUGAUCAGAGCGACAAGAAUGUCCAUGCAGAAGUUGAUAGGGUGCAUCCGAGACAGCACCGACGCUAUUUUAGCUGUUUGAUCGACGGGGCGUGUCAAGAUAUCGGUGGCGGCAAAAGAAAGGCCAAAUUUCAGGUUGAGUUGCCAGGAUACCCCAUUUUGGGUGAUGGCAAGAGUGACAACCAGAACCAUGCCAUCAUUUUUACGCGAGGUAUCUUUGGCCAGUGUAUUGACGCCAAUCAAGGAGCUUACUUCGAGCAGAUGCUGAUGCUUCCAUGCGUCCUUGGGGAGUUCCGCACUGCAAAGCGUGGAGACGAUGCUGCGAAGCAAAUCAUUGGCCUGCCCGAGCACAUCACAAGCGACAUCGGGUCCGUCGGCGACUUUGCGGCAGGAUCCGAGGUUGCCUUCGGUACCAUUCUGCAGCGCACAUACGCAGUUCUCGGCGCGCGAAUGCAUUAUGGGCAUCCUGACAUCAUGAACAAGCAGUUCAUGAUGCAACAAGGCGGUGUUUCCAAAGCCACAAAGACCAUCAACCUUUCAGAGGACAUUUUUGCUGGCAUGGACUUCACGCUUCGUGGCCAAGGACGCUCCAUCAAGCAUUGUGAGUACUUCCAUGUGGCGAAGGGACGAGAUCUGGGUUUCAACACAGUGCUGGGCUUCUUCUCAAAACUCUCUUCGGGAGCGGGCGAGCAGAUUCUCACAAGGCAGAUGUUUCGUUUGGGGCAGUUGUUGCAUCUUCCGGAAGCCUUGACCUUCUACUACGCCCACGUUGGGUACUACAUCACGCAGGGUUUGGUAUCUGCAUCUAUGCCCAUUCUUGUGUUCGCAUGGAUGGUGGUACUUGCUGCUGACUGCGAAGAAACAUUCCAGGUCUUUGAGAACUACUGUCCCCAAAUGCCAGCGGCUCAGGCCAUGGCCAACCUUCUCUCAGUUUGGUACUCCUGGGUGAUUUUCUUGUUCUUGGUGGCUACUUCAAUGCCCCUGUUUGCGGAGUGCUGGAUGGAGAGGAGCUUUUUGCAUGCAGUCUGGCGAUUGGGCAAGCAGUACCUUACCCUGUCGUUCUUGAUGUUCGUGUUCCAAGCAAAAAUCAUUGGCAGCUACGUAGUCAACGAGUUGCGGUACGGAGGUGCCCAAUACGUCGCUACUGGCCGCGGCCUGCCUACCUACCGCCGGCCUUUCAUCGGCGAGCUUGACCUCGAAGGAAAGCUGAAAAAGGUUGGCGGGCUAUACCUUGAUUACGCAAUGUACACUUACUACGACGGGAUGCGUCUCCUUGCAGCCUGCAUUGUCGUGUUGCUGCUGGGCGGCGUCUCGGAUGCGGGCGGCCAAGCCAGUAACUUGGGAUUCACUUGGCUUGCCAUCGGGAUCACUAUUGCGUCAUGGCUCUAUGGGCCAUUCGUCUUCAACCCGUACCAAUUUGAUUUGGAUGAGGUGCGGAGUGAUCUGAGGGCCUGGGUCGGCUUCUUCCUGGGAGAUCAAGGCAAACUGUGGGUUGAGAACUAUCAAAAGACGCAGCUCAAGCCGCUGAAAGGUUUCAGAGAGUCGGUCAUUGGCGCCAACUUCCUGAUCUCCAUUUUCUGCCUAGCCGUAUGGUUUUCCAUCCUCACUCACAAGGUUCAGCUUCUCGAAGUCAUUUACUCUGCGUACACUCGCUACAGCACCCUUUCCAUCCUCACUCUGCUUCCGCCCGUGGGUUUGUCCUUGCUCUACUGCCUGGUGGUCAGCGUAUUGGAGAGCGUCCUGAGCUUGCCGAGGGCAGUAGUUCCACCGGCUGCGCCUCGAAAGACGCGCGCCAUUGAUCUCGAGGGAGGCAGCUCCUCAGAGUCCGAGAGUGAGGCUGAGGCACCAGCUCCAAUGGGCCAUGCUACGUUGGCGGCUGCUGGAGUACCGGUUCAUCAAUCCGUGUCGGACACAGUGGUGGAGCGGCCGUUGGAAAGUGACAGUGAGGACGAGCGCGGCUGUAAGUUGCCGGAGGCAAUUCCCCUUGCCUUUUCUGCCCUGAUGGUGACGGCGAUUGAGAUUGUCGAGUCCAUUGCGCCUCUUUAUGUGGCUUUCAGUCCGCUGAAGGGGACUGGUGCAGGGUGGAGCAAGACCUUCGUUUCAGGUUUGGUGCUGAAGUACCUUCUGUAUGAGAUGGUCUUGUUUCUGUCCGAAGGUGUUCUUCGUUCCAGAUGUUUCGACAGAGUCGGGAGUUGCCUGCAGUUCCUGAGCCUAUGGGUGCAUGCAAACCGCAUGUUUCGAGACAUGUGGGUUUCAGGCUUCAUCCUUGUGACGCUGUCUCCGCUGGUUUUGGUUGACACGAUCAAUUCCAUGCUCUGCCAGGAGUGCAGUCUGCACAACCUCCUGGUGUACCGCGAUCCUGGACACCUGGCAAAGGAGGACGUAAGUCUUCAUUACGCAGCUGGCGAGGAUGGCUCAGCUGACAGGAGGAUGUCGAGCCGAGCUCCGAGUCGGACGUUGGGACGAAUAUUUGGCGGUGCAAGCGCUCGAACGCCAACUGGCCCCCCUACGACCACUUACAGACACGUAGGAUGA